AUGUCCCAAAUCCUCUAUAUUUUUGUCUUAUUUUUGAUUGCUGUUGGAUUCACGGAAUCCAAUCACAUAAAAUGCCCAUUUGAAAUAAUGGGAACGAGGAAAAACUGUUAUCGAGAAGAGAGUUUCAAAAAAUUGCUGGAUUCUCGACCAAAAUAUCGGAACACGAGGCCGAAUAUUUUGAUAAAUGAGAAUACCACGAUUGCGGAAUUGGAAAAUGUGAGUUUUUUUUGGGAUUUGAGAUCACGAAAAUCAUCAAAACCUUUGGUUUUCUUUGAAAAUCUUCGAAUUUCCCGCGAUUUUCUAUCAAAGGAAGAGUAUUUUCAGAGAAAAUCACAUUUUCUGGUGAAUAAAAUCCUGUUUCUGACAACAAGUUUCAAUUUUUGCAGUUAGAAAAAUGUUGCUAUGAAAGAGUUUGUUUAUAUGAUUGUGGUUAUGGUGGGGAUUAUCUGGCAAAUUCAUAUUAUGGAAGAAAUAUGCCGCAAAAUUUGAAAGAGCUCACAGUCGAAUAUUAUUCGUUUUUCAAAGUAAGUAUUUUGGGAAGGGAUUGGCUCAAUUUAGACCCUAACAACUUAUUUAACUCGGAAAAUUCGAAAAUUCCACAUUUUCAGACAUUCAAAAUGUCUGAAAUUGAUCAAUUGCUCGAUGGUACAGCUGAAGCUCAUAUUUUGGAGAAUUGGAGAGUAAAGUUGUUUGAAUUAUCAAAUUAUCGCGGACGGAUUCGAAGAAGACAACGAUUAGAAGAAGGAAAUAGUAAUAGUGAGGAAGAUAAUUGA